AGAGAGAGAGAGAGAGAGAGAGAGAGAGAGAGAAUGGCGAACGAAGCAGAAGCCAUGUUACGAGGCCAAGCAGAAAUAUGGCAAUGCAUGUUUCAUUUUGUGGACUCAAUUGCUUUGAAGUGUGCUUUGGAUCUUGGUAUAGCGGACAUCAUCCAAGCACGCGGCUGCCCCAUCACCUUAUCCCAAAUCGCCAACGACGUUGCCUCCUCACCAUCUCUAGACAUCGCUCACCUCUCCCGCCUCAUGAGAUUCUUAGUCCACAAAAAACUCUUCGACGCCACAAAUCCCCGAUCAGAUUCGGAUUCAGAAGAAGAGACUCUCUACAGCCUCAACCACUGCUCUAAAUGGCUUUUACGCGACCCACAACAACUAAGUCUGGUCCCUUUGCUUUGCUUAUUGCAAUACCAUCCAUUGCUAACUGCACCAUAUAAAUUCCUCUCCAGAUCUAUACAAGAGGGUGGUAAUGCAUUCCACAUGGCCCAUGGGCGUGAGUUGUGGGACUUUGCAUCGGUCGAUCCUGAGCUCAACAAGGUCUUCAAUGAUGGCAUGGAAUGUACUGCUAGGAUCACGAUCAAGGCUUUGAUAUCCGAAUAUAAACAUGGGUUUGAUUGCAUUGGAUCUCUAGUCGAUGUUGGUGGUGGCACUGGGGCUUCCAUUGCUGAGAUUGUGAAAGCAUACCCGCAUGUCAAAGGAACCAACUUUGAUUUGCCACACGUUGUUGCCACUGCACCACCAUGCCCUGGAGUUAACCACGUUGGGGGUGACAUGUUUAGUAACAUUCCAGCUACAGAUGCAAUCUUCAUGAAGUGGAUCCUACACAACUGGAGUGAUGAAGAUUGUGUCAAGAUAUUGAGAAACUGCAGAAAAGCAAUCCCAGAGAAAACUGGAAAGAUUGUUAUAGUUGAUACGAUUUUGCAACCGGGUGGCGAUGGCCUAUUUGACAACAUAGGCAUGGCAUUGGACCUAGUGAUGCUCACGUUGUUUGGAGGUGGGAAAGAGAGGACUGAGCUUGAAUGGAAAAAGAUACUAAAUGAAGGAGGAUUCGUGCGCUACAACAUCAUCAAAAUUCCAGCUUUCCAGUCAAUUAUCGAGGCAUAUCCACAAUAACUGGCGACUGAUGUGCUUCGAAUACAAUAAUGAGUCAGGAGCAAGAACAAAUGUGCAAAACAAACAUACAAAGUGGACCUCACACAAGCAGUGGAACCAACAUGUUAUAUUUACUGGCAUCUUUGUUAGUAUUCUUAGUAUUAUUGUCUUUAGAUAAUAAGUGUUCCAACCCAAACUAAAUCCUAUUAUCUCUUCCAAUAUGUUUUAGCAAGCUUCCAUCAUUGAUCUAAUAAUGGUUGUGGGAACAAGUACUUCCA